AUGACAGCUCUGGCGUACGGCGAGGAGGCGGAGAAUGUCACGGCUCUUAUUGAUCACUCAGUGGUGUUUCCCUGGUAUCUCGAGUUAUUAGUUCGUCGAAAGUUGAGCUACGAUGGAAAGUGGGUGGAUUUUGGUGGUUACCCCCUUUCUGAAUUUCAAACUAACUUUGUUUCGAUUACAGAACCGGUAGUUUUCGUGGGCGUGGCACUGUUGCUGGUGCUGCCCUUGGUGAAUGCCCGCGACGAGGACAUCUGCCGCUUGUUCUCGAACAACACAGUGAUCCGUGAUCCCGAUUCGUGCAGCCAAUCGAUUACGUGCAUCGAUUCCGUGAGCCACUACAGCACCUGCUCGGGAUCCACUCCCUUCUUCGACAAGGAUCAGGGCAAGUGUGUGAAGACCCUCACCUCCACGUCCAGCUGCUCGAUUUCCUGCGAGGGCGUGGCCACCCACUUCCUGGCCGAUCCGAAGUCCUGCUACGGCUACUACUACUGCUCCGAACAGGAGACGGCCAUGUAUGGCAAGUGUCCGCAGGACACGCACUUCAAUGCCACCACCGAGAUGUGCACCCACCAAUACGAAUCGGCCUGCACGACCAGCUCCUUUGAGUACUGCAACAUUGUGAAGAACAACGUGAACUUCGACAAUCUGCAGGGCUGCAACCAGUACCAUGUGUGCGAAAAGGGAGUGCUGAAGGACAAGACCUGCACGAAUCAGUACUACCAGGCCAGCACGGGAACGUGUGUGGCCAAGGCUCUCGUGGAUUGCGAUGCCCAUCCCAAUGCGGACAAGUGCGGCAAGGCCAGCAAGCCGACGGUGGACAAGUUCGUUGCGGAUGAUGCCACCUGUCGCGGGUACUUCUACUGCGCCAAGCAGGCCGAUGGCUCUCCCGAUCCGAAUCCCCUGUGGAACCAGUGUCCCCAGGACAAGUUCUUCGAUGCCAGCAGCCAGAUGUGCAUCGAUCCCACCCUGGUCAAGUGCACCAACGAUCGUUGCGAUGGCCGCACCGCCGAAUUUGUGGUUAGCGCCACCACCGGCUGCCGGAACUAUUACCACUGCUCCGGCGGAGUCGCCAGCGAGGAGAAGUCCUGCGGCAACUACUUCUUCGACGAGCAGCUGGGCAGUUGCGUCCAGAGUAUCAAGACCUACACUGCGUGUACGAAGUAAAUACCCUUAAUAAAGCUCAACCAUCGAAGUGAUAUGGUAAA